UCCGCGCGUCGGCCCCGGGAGCGGGGCAGGGGCGGCGGGACCCGCCGGGCGCGGAGGGGGAGAUGACGACGCUGACACACCGAGCGCGGCGUGCUGAGGUGGGAAGGAACUUGGAUAAGAAGCACGACAGCGAGGAAGAUGUGGCUGCAGACAGAGACCUAAACGAUAAUGAUCCUGAUGACUCCAAAGACAUCCGCCUCACGCUCAUGGAGGAAGUGUUGCUCCUGGGGCUGAAGGACAAGGAGGGCUAUACCUCCUUCUGGAAUGACUGCAUCUCUUCAGGCCUGCGGGGUGGCAUCCUCAUCGAGCUAGCUCUGCGCGGCCGGAUCCGCCUGGAGCCACUCUCCAUGCGGAAGAAGAGGCUGCUGGAGAGGAAGGUGCUCCUGAAGUCAGAUGCGCCGACUGGUGAUGUCUUGCUGGAUGAGACCCUCCGACAUAUCAAGGCCACGGAGUCUGCAGAAACAGUGCAGACCUGGAUAGAGCUGCUCACUGGGGAGACCUGGAACCCCUUUAAGCUGCAGUACCAGCUGAGGAAUGUCCGUGAGCGCAUUGCCAAGGCACUGGUGGAGAAGGGCAUCCUCACCACAGAGAAGCAGAACUUCCUGCUCUUUGACAUGACCACCCACCCUGUCAGCAAUGCCAGCGAGAAGCAGCGUUUGGUGAAAAAGCUCCAGGAGAGCAUGCUGGAGCGGUGGGUGAACGACCCCCACCGCAUGGACCACAGGACUCUGGCUCUCCUGGUGCUGGCCCACUCCUCAGACGUGCUGGAGAAUGUGUUUGCCAGCCUGGCAGACGACAAGUAUGAUGUGGCAAUGAACAGGACCAAGGACCUCCUUGAUAUGGACCCCGAGGUGGAAGCUGCCAAAGCCAGGGGCACAGAGAUGAUCUGGGCCGUUCUGGCAGCCUUCAAUAAGUCCUAAAAAGCCCCUGGGCCCCCCAAACCAGGGUGGGGAGCCCUCACCCCCUUGACACAAAGCCAGGGGUAUUUGGGUACAGAGUUCCUGCAGCAGUGGGUGGGCUCAGCUCCAGGGGACCCUGGCAGGGGUGGGAGGGUGAGAGCCCAGCUGUGUGGGCAGGUUGCACACUUCUCCAAAGGCUGGUGCCUCCAGGAGAGAUGGCGACAGCUCUUUGCUCCAGUGCUCCUUGCCUGUGGGCUUUCUUCUUGGGCCAGUGCGGAGCUGGGAGGUGGCCCAGCCCAGCCCUGCCUCUGUUUGCAGGUCAGCCCCAGGCCCCUGGGAUGGGCCAAAGCCCGGCUGGGGUUGGGCUGCGGAGCAGCUCCCCAGCACUCCGGCUGGUCCAGCUGCCUCCCUGGCUCCCUCUCCUGUGCCCAGGUCUUGCCUGAGGGCUGCCUGAGCUUCCCCUCGGGAUCACACCGACGGCCGCGGGGCUGGCUCGGGGGUGUCUGGCAGCUUGGGCCAUCCCAGGUGCUGGUUGGGAAGCCCUUGGCUCAUGUGGCCAUGGAGGAGCAGCCAUGGAGGCCAUGGAGCCCCCAGGCUGUACUGCCCUCACUCCCGCUCUUUUUAGGUAGGAGAAAAAGUUAAACUGGGAUAUAUAUAUUUUUUUUUAAUCCCCCCUCCCCUUCUGCCACCACUUUAAUCUGUAGUUCAUUUAAAUGUAUUUCUCUGUAGCC